GUCGUCUGUCACUACUUCAAUAAUCGGUGGUCUACUGUCUACUGUAUAAGUAGGUAACUAAGCACUAACUAAUUACUAGUUGUCUACUGUCUGGUGUAGUUACUAGUUAAAUAACCUGAACACCAGGAAAAUUAUAAURUAUAUACGUAUGUCGUAKGCCGUGAUUAAUGUCAAGCGUUUCUCAACAUAGUUGACAUUGUUGUCGUGUUUUAAGUCACUUUUUAGUUCCUAGUUGGUGCAUGUUCUUUGUUAGUGCAUCAGAAGUCCAUGUUGUAAACCAUUCUGCUUUUCUUCUUCGUGUAUUUAUAUAGUUAGUGUAUAAAGUAUAUAAAGUAUAUAUAGUUAGUAUAUUACCGGAAAUAGUAGUGGCCUAGCGGCUAGCGGUGACAUUGCAACACAUUGAACGAUUCAGAUGACAAUGAGCAAGUUGGAUGAAUGCGAAAAUACGUUAGRGAAAAAGCGGCCGUACAGGCCUGUAGUAAUUGUACAUGGACUGAUGACUGGUGAUGUCAGCACAAUGCAGCAUCUGGCUGCUCGUAUAGCUGAAUUACAUCCAGGCACCAAAACAUAUGUUAUAGACAGAUUCUGUGGUUUGGCUAGUUUGGAACCACUGUGGCGUCAGACAAAGAAGUUAGGCGAUGACCUAUUAAAAAUAUGYUCAUUGCAUCCAGAGGGUGUGCAUGUUAUAGGAUAUUCACAAGGCGGUCUCAUAUCAAGGGGUAUGAUAGAAGAGUAUGGCACUGAGCACAAUGUCAGGACAUUUGUAUCACUUAGUUCACCGCAAGGAGGCCAAUAUGGAGCCGAAUGUUUCACAAAAAUGUUUCCUGCCCUGACAGCGCGGACGGCAUAUGAGUUGUUCUACACACGUUUGGGUCAACGAGCUCURUCUGUAGCCAACUUUUGGUAUGAUCCCAGGCAUAGGGAUCUAUACCUUAAGUACAGUGUGUAUCUUGCAGUCAUUGAUAAUGUUAAACAACAAGAAUCAAGUGGUUUUAAUGUACAACAGACUGAAUAUGAUAAUGAUUUUAAAAGGAUGACUGUCAAUAAGUCUACUCCAGUAACUAGUAGCACUACAACUGUAGUAGAGACUAAUGAUGACACUCCAAAAWUUAUUGAAGCACGUGUUGCUACAGCGAUAGCAGCAGUUGCUGCUGCUACUGUGAAAAUUGCUGAAAGCCAUAACGAUAACAACAGUGAUGCUAACAAUGUUACAGCAGACGUAGAUACACUUAUGGCUAAUGUUUCAGCCCAUGAUAACUAUUGUGCAGAAAAUGGUAAUUUUAACUGUAAUCCCAACAUCAAAAAACUGGGCCUGACUCGACUGCAGCGGCUGGUAUUGAUUGGCGGGCCUGACGAUGGGGUUAUUUCACCUUGGCAAUCCAGUCAAUUUGCUGUUCUGAAUAGUUCUGGUGGACUGAUACCAAUGCGAGAGCGGCGACAAGACGACGUGUACAGCRAUAACGAUCCAAUUGGAUUACAUCAACUAGACAUGACGGGUCGAUUGAUAGAGUACACUGUGCCAGGAGUCAGUCAUCAUGAGUGGCACCGAAAUGAAAAGGUUCUACGCGAGUGCAUAAUUGGAUGGUUAGACUAAAAACAACUAGAACUAUACUGAUUCUGUAGUGGUUUAUAAUUGAGUGGUAUUUAGUAUAACAGGAGAAAGAAGACUAUCAAGACAAAAUGCAAUUAUAAAUAUUUUACCAUCUAGCAAAAUAUUCUAUUGUGAUAAUAUUAUUGAAAUUAUGUAUUUAUA